AUGGAUGAAUUCACAUUUCAGGACAGUGAGGCCCUGUUAUUGACUUAUGUGAGAUAUACUGAGCACGAGGCUUUUCAAGAAGAGAUGUUGUUUUGCGAAUCAUUGGAAACAACCACAACUGCAAAGGACAUCCACAGCAAACUUAAACAUUAUUUGGAUGUAAACAAAAUACCAAAAGAAAACUUACUGUCAUGCGCAGAAGACGGUGCAUCUGCUAAGAUGGGCAAGAAAAUGGGAUGCUUAAAAAUGAUGACGGAUGAAAAUCCAAACAUGUUGAUUGUCCAUUGCGUCAUACACCGAGAAAACUUGGUUGCCAAGAAACUGUCCCCUGUUCUUAAUGAGAUUCUACGAGCUGUGAUCAAGUGCGUCAACAGUAUUAAAGCAAAUCCCGAAGCCGAAUGUCUUUUUAAGCAGUUUUGUGUAAAUCAAAGUGCCGAGCAUGGUCGAUUAUUGAUUCAUACGGGAGUAAGGUGUCUAUCGAGUGGAAAUAGCUUAAAAAGGUUCAUGGAAUUAUUUGAUCAACUUAACAACUUUCUCAGUGAUAAAUGGGAAAUGAAAAUGCUGUCAACAACGGAUAGAAAUGCAUUUGUCAGUUAUUUGACAGACAUCUUUGAGAAACUUGGAAACUCCAAGGUGCAAACAUGA